AUGAAUGUUUCAGGCACCGGCUAUGUGCUUUGCAAAUGGCGCCGUGAUCAUCCCUACAGCUGCGCCUACAACAUAAGCGAUUAUGCCUCGACUAUAAACAAUAAUGACCAACCCGCGUGGAUGGAGUUGGGCUGCAAGGAGAGAAAGGAAAAGGACAUUCUUCGGGCCUCUUUGGCUAGACAUUCGGAGGCCGCCAAGCUGCUGGUGAUAAAAAAGAAGAUCCCAGCGCUGGAAAAGCAGAUCCCGCCGCUGGAAAAGCAGCUUGAUAUUCGAAUCUCGAUACCCGGGCCAACGCAUCUCACUCUGUCUUCGUGUUCCGAUCCGAGUUAUUGUAAUUGGUUUAUAAAAGAAGAGAGCCACCUAUCUGUGCUAAUACUUGCUUGGAGCUACAUUCUUUCAGCGCGCUGGGCAGAUCUUAUGCCUUGGUCCCCUGUGCUUGAAUAUACAGACAGCCAAGCACAGUGGAAGGACGACCAGCCUGCUGAUAGGGAUUCUGUCAUGGUAGAGAUAGGAAAUGUUGACGACAAUGAGGCCAGAUGGUGGGCUGCUAUUCUGGCUCCCGGGGUGGGCGGUAGCUUACUAAGCCUCUAG